UCGUACUGCUCGGCACUUCAUAGGGGUCACGCAAGUCAUUUUUACAACUGCACCUCUAGCCUAGUCACCGAGAGCACUGGGCCGUUGACAUCGAUGUUCUUGACACCAAUCUGUCAAUCUUUCAGCAAUCAUUGCUCAACGAAAGGAAGCUAUUCUGAAAAUGAUUCAACAAAAUGAGAGCUAAAUAUAUGUCUUUCUUUCAUCUGUGAAUACUGACGCAUUGGAAUCUUGAAAGAUUCGGUUAGAUUUGCUCCAAAUUGAAAAAAAUUAUUUUCAAUAAUACUUUUGACUGUGUCCGCGGUACCUCAACAUGGAGCAUUCGAUGAAGCUGGUGGAGACACACUGCUCCAAGUACCUAGACAUGUUCGGAGAGUGUAUCAAGCAGUACCCACACACCUGGCAGAUGGACUGUGAGCCCGAGAGAAGAAAACUGGCAAAGUGUGCCGAGACAAACCCAGAAAUUGUUCACAUAAAGACAGUUUGUGGCGACGAAUUCCACGAGUACGAAAAGUGCAUGAUCGAGAAUCGAGCAGACACGGAGAAAUGUGCCGAGCUCUUCACAACCUUCUCUGACUGUGCCGAUGCUGCUGUAGGCGCUUUUACCGCGACGGCAUCUAACCCUGCGACUGUGAGCAAAGCGUCUCCCUCCACUGGAAGUUCAUCGGCCUCUUCUAACGAGAGAUAACAAGAUCUACGGUGUAGCAGAUUGAUGAACGCCAGUGAUUGUCUUGCAGCAUCAAGCAGCGAUUCACUCACCAUAAGGGCUGUUCAAAUUUAAUCUUACACCUUUUUCCUUUUUUGGGACUUUUUGCCCCUCC